AUGAAAUCGUUCCUCCUAGCCGCACUGCUGCCUGCCUUUGCCUGGGCCCUCGAUCUACGAUGCCACCAAUUCUACAUUGACGUCUCGGUCAACGCUACGAACCACGCUUACGGAGUCACUGGCAUCGACGACGACAUCAACGCUGUCUCCUUCGCUCUGGACCUGUCCCGAUGGUCGGUCCUCAGCCAGACUGGCCCAGCCCCACCAGCUCUUCCUGUCGCCGGUACCUACCGCAUCCAUGUCCAGCUCUGCUUCAAUACCAACGGAGUGAAGAAGGAUACCCUGCAGUUGCUCACUCACGGCCUCUUCGCGGACAAACAGUACUGGGACAUUCAAGAGGAUCCAGACAAGUACUCAUACGUUCAUGCAGCUCUAAAUUCUGGCUAUAGCGUACUCAGCCACGAUAGACUUGGUACCGGUCUGUCUGACAAGCCGGAUGCGUACAACGUUGUUCAGGCUCCACUACAAGUUGAGAUCCUCCGGACUAUAACCGCUAUGGCGCGCGAUGGUACAUUGCAGCCUUGUGCCAACCAGUCUUCAUCGUGGGACGGAUCUUUGCUUCCGUCAAAGUUUGCCCGUUUCAAGUGCAUUGUCCAUGUUGGUCAUUCCUUCGGAUCGUUCCUCACUAGUGGCCUCAUCGGUACAUAUCCCAGGGUAUCGUCGGCCGCAAUCUUGACUGGCUUUUUACCAAACAAGGAGCUUGGUGUCUACCCGCUUGCUGGUUACGGCCUGGAUUAUGCUCCUCAGAACAAUCCGGCCAAGUACAGUGACAGAAGUAGUGGAUAUACUGUAUUCUAUCACCGCUAUAACGCAACCGACCCGUCGGGUUUCACAGACGCUUUGCUCCAGUACGGCGACAGUCUCAAGCAACCUGCCACGGUCGGGGAAUUCCUAAGCACAGGUGCCAUCAACCUUGCCUUCGCACCAGCCUUCAAGGGUCCACUUGAGUUUGUGGUCGGAGAGUACGAUACCCUGAUCUGUGACGGGGAUUGUAAAGGCACAUACUCACCAGAGGUCCUGACUGCGGUAUAUCCGAACGCCUCGAGCAUUGAUGUGCUCGUACAGCCAGGGGCUGGGCAUGCGUUGAACUUUCAUCAAAAUGCUACGGCUGGGUAUGAGGUGUCACUAAAAUGGCUUGCUAGCCAUGGUCUGUAA